GUUCGUCUUCCUCGCAUCUCUCCCCCACCACGACUCCGCCUCUGUUUUCUUCAUCCAUCGCCACCACUCAUGCCAAUCUCCUCCCAUUCAACACAAUAAAUCCGUCCUUCAAGGCAAUAGAAACUGCUCCGAAAAUUUCAUCCGCCGCCGCUGUCUUAAGGGCAUCUACAACGCCGGCGCUAACAGCGGACGCCAGGCUUAGUUUCCCGGCCGUUUUGCCUAAUUCCCAUCCAAUCUUGGGAUUUCUUGUUGCGUCGACGCAAAGGUAGACGUCGAGCGCUAAGCCUCUUUUCUGCUGUUUGACUAGCGCUCGAACCAUGUUGUUAGCGACAGAAAUAAGCACCAGCGUUGGAGGACAAGACGCUUAGGCCCCCGAUGGUGUUGUCCGCCUCCACAACGAUCCGGCCAAACUAUGCCGCUGCGCCCAACAAGGGCAGCUGCUCGAACGCCGCAGAUUUGCGCUCGAUGGAAAAGAUUCGCUGGCCUGUAUCAUCCACGGUCCGGGCAGUACGGGCGCGCUGGACUGAACUAAUCUCGAGCUCUUGCCGGUGUCGGCGAUCCAGCCUGCUCUCUAGAUCGGUUUGGUUCGCUCGAGCUCUUGCCGGUGUCGGCGAUCCAGCCUGCUCUCUAGAUCGGGUCAGUAAAGAUUUCUCCUAAACUCCUGUCGCCAUGUACUGAGUUUCCUAUUUGAUUAUUUCUGUCCUAUCUUGGUUUAGUAAAAGGUGAUUUUCUAUGAUUUUGUAUGCCACAGUUUGGUUCGAUCUCUGAAUCAUAAGUAGACAUGAAGAAGGAAGUAGGAAACAGAUAGAACAGAAAACUAACAUGCGGGCUUCCAGGCUUUGUCAGCCAUUGCUACGUAACUCGCUAUGGCAAAUUUACACUGAAAAAUUGAGUCAUUAUCUCAUCAAAAAAAUCUAUUAUACAUAAAGAGUUAGGAUAUUGUUGUGGGUAUACUUCAUGGGUGUACCAUCGAUAGUGCCUAGAUCCGGCAAGCCCGGGUGGCCCAUAGACGGUGAUGUGGCAUGCGGCCCAUCGGAUGGCCCAGUUGCUGUUGAUCAUAAAGGAUGAAGUCCGGCCCAGGAUCAGUAAGCCGGAUCCGCACCGACCUUCGGAGGAACCCGGAUCCGAGGAGGCCCAUGAGGAACCCGGAUCCGGUACGACGUAUAUGGAAGGCGGAUCCUUGACGUACACGGCAAGACAUUGUACCGUAGUUAGGCAAUCUGUAAUCCGGCUAGGACUCUCCAUGUAAACCCUAGAUCCGUGCGCCUUUAUAAGCCGGAUCCCGGGAGCCCUAGAGGCACGAUCACAACUCAUUGUAACAACGCGAAAGCGCCCAGAUAAUUCCAGACAAGCAGCAGUAGGCCCUGUCCUCGUGUAGGUGUUCCGAAGCUGGGUAAAUCGCGUACCACCGUCCCGUGUGCACUCCGCCCUAUGGCCCCUACUUCUUCUCCCCCUCGUGAGGAUCCCUCCUCCGAGGUACCGUCGAAUAGGCAACGACAGUUGGCGCCCACCGUGGGGCCUGCGGCGUCUGGAGGCCGGAACCGGGAGGGUUCCGCCAUGGGAAGCUACGACGACACGAUCGCGGUAGGGCGUGUUCUGUACGCCGGAAACCUUCCGAUCGUCCCCCCGGACGAGUGCUGGAUUCCGGCUAAGACCGCUCCCGUCAAGCUCUCCAUCGUCCCAAUAGGCGGCAUCCACAUCUUCAUCGGCGAAACCGUCGACUCCGACGGGAACGCACUGGUAAGUAACACUGACGCGACCACCGCUGAGCAGGACGCAGUCGCGAAGAUCCGAUCUGAGUCGCAGGAACUUCUUAAGGAAGAUUCCGCCUUAGAUCUGGGAAACUCAAAGCCCACCCAAUCCGUCCCUGAGCAGGAAAUAAAGGUGGAAGACCAAUGCAGAUCCGCCUGGGUCUCCCAAGUGUUAGAGAAGCAAAGGUGUCACUUCGUACACUUCAUAGCCCAUACCGCAGCGGCCACCCCUCAAGAAGUCGGAGCAGGCCCCAUGCAGGUAGAGGCACCGGAAAACGGCGAAGCUCCGGGUCAGCAGGAGGCUGUCGGAGAAAGCGACGCCCCGGGUGAAGAAUCAAUCCUGGGCAACCUCAGCCCAACCUCCGACGACACCCCCUCCAUGGAUACCGACGAGUUCGAUCGCAAGGUGAAGGAAUUCGGAUACGGUGAACAGCCUGAAGUAGAUUCCGCCCAGCCAAAGCAGGUUCUCGCAACCUUGGCCGCGCUGGAUCAGCAGGAAUCAGCAGAUGGGCAAACCAGUUCCGACCCACAGCCAUCUUACGAAGGUACUCCGCUAUCGCGGGAACGACCGCGUCAGGAAAUCCUGUCGCCAGAAGAACUGGUUCAGCAGGCAGGCAUGGACGCAAUAGCACACUCUGCGAUCCUCAACAAACCAAUAACCCCCGAGGAGGCUGCAGACCCGGAGGCUCUAGAAGCAAAAAAGGCAAGAGAUGCUGGCAACAGCCCAGAAAAUCGCUCGAACCGCAGCAGCAAUGCUGGAUGAAAGGAAAGAAGUCGCGCAAUUCGUGGAAGGGUUCCAGCAGCGAGAACUUGAGGUUGACCAACAACUCGUUAAAGUCAAGGAGCUUCAACAGCACUGGAGAGACAAGGUCACCGAGCUUCAGCAGGAGGUCGAUCAAAUCAGGCGGGAGGCAAUUCCCCCUCGCAAGAUCACUUUCGCGACCCCCACUGAGCAACAGCCACUUGCAACCCCAAAGGACAACAUGAAAAAGGCUGCGGAGAUCUUAAAAAAGAAGGAUGAGGAGAUUGAUAUCGCUUACGUUCGUAUGCUCGUGGCUUCAGCAAUGAAGCAGCAGAGUAAGGCAGAUACUUCGCGCAGGUUGGAAUCUAAUCCGGAUCACUGUAUCUCUACCGCGCAGAAGGACGCCCGCGUCAAUCGCCACCCUGAUGAUGAAUCGCGCACCGGAUCCACGGAGCGCAGAAGAAAAACAAAGGAACACCCGAAUCCAAUCCCCAUACCGUCAAAGAGGCCUCCGUCAGAUCCGAGGAAGGGAAAGGAUGCAAUGUACACUGAUAGGGAUAAGUACCGGAACCCGUCACCUCCACCUAACGGGUACCCGCGUACCCCGCCUCCUCGCCGCCGCAGUCCAGUCGGAAACACCAGGCCCCAUGGGGCCGGUGGAAUCAACAUCCGCGACAUGCCGCCGCCGAGAACCAGGGAGCGUACACCGGAACCACGUCGGAGCAGGCACAACGAUCACGAGCCUGAGCCCAGGAGGAGCCGGAACGCGGAACGUGAGCCGGAGCCCCGCCGAAGCCGGAACGACUGAGGAGACUAUCAC